GCGAACACAGAACUGAUACACACAUAAUACUAAGCUGUCGCAAAACACGCGUACAACUCUUUCACCCGCUUCGAUCUGCAUCUUACUUUCGCGACGCUUGCGAGUUACAAAGCCCAGUGCGCACAGACGCUGUCCGAAAGCAUUCAAAAUGGUUGCAAACAUAGCGGCCGCCGCGAAUAAGCUAGACAUUGAGACGGACGUGUCGCUGACGGAGGCGCGGGAGGUUGUGCUGGACACCGCGGACGAGGAGGAGCUCUCUAGCAAGUACCAGGAUGUUGAGUUUGUGCUGGGCGACGACCUGAACGCGGGGAAAGGCGUGUUGCACCUCACCACGCGGCGGGUGGUGUGGGUGAGCUCGGCUGCGGGCGGGCCCGCCCUGGCUCUGCGCUACCCGCAGAUUGUGAUGCACGCCGUCAGCCGUGACCCGUCCUCCUACUCCCGGCCCUGCAUCUACCUGCAGCUGGACGAAGGCAGUGAGGACAUGGACAUGGGCGGCGGCGAGGAGGACGAGGAGGGCGAGGAGGGCGCGGGCGACGUGUCGGCCGAGGUGCGCCUGGUGCCAGGCGACGAGUCCAAGGUGGACGACAUGUUCAAGGUGCUGUGCGACUGCGCGGCGCUCAACCCGGACUCGGAGGUGGAGGGCGAGGGCGACUUCUUCUUCGACGAGGCGGAGGUGAUGGCGGGGCUGGACCCGGCCAUCCGGGCCGAGGUGAUGGCGGAGCGGCUGGCGGGCGGCAUGGAGCUGGCGGACGGCGAGGAGGGGGAGGAGGGCGGCAGCGGGGCACCGGAGGACCUGCAGGCGCUGGUCGGAGACGACCCCAGCCGCUUCGAGGACGACGACGAGGAGGAGGAGGGGGCGCCGCAGCCGGCCAGCAAUGGGCGGUAGCAUCCGGGCGGUACCGCUGGGGCGGGCGCGAGCGGCAGGCUUGGGAAUGGUAGCGUAUGUGAUGUGCGGAGCGGCGGCACGGCACAGGGAAAGGGCCAUGGAGGCGCAGAAGCUUGGGGAAAGAGUGUAUGGGGUUGGGAAUGUGUGUGGCGAUGAGGGUAUUAGAGUGGAGUGCAGGAGGAGGGGCGCGAGGAAGCGAGGGACUGGCUCUUCGUGUCUCCUGUAGGUCUCGGUCCUCGUGGCGGUUGGACGAAGCGAAGCUUGCGUGAUGCAUCAACCGCAUGCAUAUGUUAUAUGUAAACGCAGUCGAUGUAAAAGUCAUACCAG